AUGAAGAUUCCCACCAGCGCGCUCGCGACCCGCACGCCGACCACCAUCAGCCACGCCCCCCAAUUGCGAUCAUUCCUCAUCCAACGAUACUAUGCGACGCAGACCGGCCUCGGCACCACCCCGCAGGAACCCAAGAGGAGACGAGUGACACCCUUCAACGACGACGGACAUGUGCCGUGGUCGAAGCUCUCUGCUGCCGAGAAGGCGGGCAGGGCCACGCAGCAGAGCUUCAACUUUGGCAUGAUCAUCGCGGGUCUAGUCUUGACGGGUGGUGUAGGCUAUGUGCUAUACACCGACGUCUUUUCUCCCAACAGCAAGACAGUCUACUUUAACCUCGCGACUGACAGGAUCAAGAAGGAUCCGAGGUGCCUCGAGCUUCUCGGCGAUGCGAAGAAGAUCAUGGCGCACGGAGAAGAAACCAUGAACAAGUGGCGGCGCUCGCGUCCUCUGGCGUCGUCAGAGCACAAGGAUGCCAAGGGCAACGAUCACUUCCAAAUGAAGUUCUACGUCGAAGGGCCCCUGAACACCGGCCAUGUGCAUAUCCACAUGAUCAGGCCAGCAGGUCAGAGCUCCUAUGACUACAAGUAUCUCUAUCUAGAUGUUCGCGGUCACCAGAGAAUCUACCUGGAGAACGCCGAUACCGAUCCCAAUAACCCCAACAAGUCAAAGGUCAAGUUUUUGGGCAUCAACUGGGGCUGA